GUCUGCCCUGUCAUCGUACAACUCAUCGUGUCGUGACCGUGCCCGAUACAACUGAACAAACCGCAGGAGGAGGACGAGGGCAACCAACCAACCAACCGAACAUGGCGCCCGUGGACCUGUCAACCAACAGUGCAGACCUCGUCGCUGCGCGCGACUCUGUGUUUGCUGAGGGAGGCGACACAACUUGGGUGCUGUUUGGAUACGAAAAGAAGUCAGACACGCUCAAGGUCGUUGAGACAGGAGACGACCUUGAUGAUUUCUUGGAGGAGUUUGAGGGCUCCAAGAUCCAAUACGGCUUUGCCAAAGUCAAGGAUCCAAACCAAGGCAUUGACAAAUAUGUCCUCAUCAACUGGUUUGGGGAGGGUGCGCCGGAGCUUCGCAAGGGCGCAUGCGCACAGCACGUUCGUGACGUCGAGCGGUUCUUCCACGCGCACGUAACCAUCAACGCCCGCAACGAGACGGACCUGGACAAGGACGCCAUCCUGAAGCUGGUGGCAAAGUCGUCCGGUGCCGCGUACAGCGUGCACAAGGAAACGCGUCGCAAGGAGUUUGCUGCAGAGCCAUCAGGCCCCGUGGGCACGUCGUACCAGAACGAGUUCCAGAAGCAAGGGCUUGCCUCGUCGGAGGACAGGUCUGCGUUCUGGCAGAAGCAGGAACAAGAGGACGCCGCGCGGCGGCAGGAGCAGCAGCAGCGCGAGGAGGAAGAGCAACGCGCUCGCGAUGAACAGCGCCGGCAGGAGGAGGCCGAGAGAGAGGCCCGCAUUGCACAGGAGAAGGCAGCCGAACCAGAGCCACAGCCUGAGCCACAGCCUGUCCCUGAGCCUGAGCCGGUGCCUGAGCCGGUGCCUGAACCUGUUGUGGAGCAGGCCGUUGAGCCGGAGCAAGAGCAGCAGCAGGCGGCAGAGGGCGGUGGUGGCCUUCGCGCCCGCGCCCUUUACGACUACCAGGCAGACGAGGAAGGCGAGCUGACGUUUGACCCGGGCGACAUCAUCACGGACAUUGAGCAGAUUGACGAGGGCUGGUGGCAGGGCGCGUGCAACGGCCAGUUUGGCCUCUUCCCCGCCAACUACGUCGAGCUCAUCUGACACCGGCUCCUUUUGUUGUGCCGUGUGGCUAAAGUCUGUACGUUGUUGUUGCGUGCAUGCGCUUGUUUGGUUCUCAAAGCUGUUGUUGUUGUGUGUGUGUGUGUGUACCACUGACGUCAAGAUCACUGUUACAAUUGUGUGCGUGCUGCUCCUUGCUGUUUGGUUCGUUGCAUUGUCGUCUCGCAAGUGUGUCGCCAUUACACCAUGCCGAUGCUGA